GAAAACGGCACUUUCGGUCUUCAUAAGGGCUCGGAGGAGGGGGUGCGCUCGGCCGGCCAGUGGAAGGAGUUGCCGCGCGCGCGAGAGGAUCUGGACUCUGCAGUCUCCCGGGCGCCCGCUGGGUUGCGUCUGCGCCCCUCUUUCCCCGCUCGGCCCUGUCCCCCCGCUUGGGCUCACACCUGCUUCCCCCACCUCCACCUCAGAAGCCACGGCUCAGCCCGCCGGCACCUUGCGGUCCGUAGUGCAGUGCGGACACGAGGCGGUGAGACGUGUCCAUCCCGGAUCCGAGGGCCUCCGCCAGAUCAAGUCCCUUAACCUCGUGCCGAGCCCGGGAAAGCGAAGAGGAAAUUUACGGACUCUGGGAUCCCAAGGCAGGUCCGAUUCUGGUGCACAUCAUGUCCAGUUUUGAAGAUGCUGACACAGAAGAGACAUUAACUUGUCUCCAGAUGACUGUUUACCAUCCAGGCCACCAGCAAAAUGGAAUAUUCCAAUCAAGAAGGUUUUUUAGCCGAGAGAAACUCCCUUCCAGCGAAGUGGUAAAAUUUGGCCGAAAUUCCAUCUGUCAGUAUACCUUUCAGGACAAACAUGCUUCUCGAGUUCAGUUUUCUCUGCACCUAUUUAAAAAGUUUGAUAGCUCAGUUCUCUCUUUUGAGAUUAAAAAUAUGAGUAAGAAGACCAGUCUGAUUGUGGACAACCAGGAACUGGGCUACCUAAAUAAAAUGGACCUGCCCCCUAAGUGCAUGGUUAGGUUUGGUGACUAUCAGUUCCUGAUAGAGAAGGAAGAUGGAGAGUCAUUAGAAUUCUUUGAGAUUCAGUUUAUUUUAUCUACAAGAUCGCUCUUGCAAGAAAACAACUGGCUACCACAGAAGCCCAUACCUGAGUGUGGCAACUAUUUAUCCUGUUCCACCCAAGGCAAUUCUCCUAUAGAAAUGGGUGAAAAUGAAUGGUGACCACAGAGGGCUAAGAGAAUCAUGAAGGACCAACUCUGUAGACACUCUACAGACAAUCCACUUAUUAAAAGAGUUUCUGAGUGCGGUAUAUUACUGUCAUUUGCUGUGUUGCCAACUUUGAGAUCUGGUGUUACGUGAAGUCUGUAAAUUGUGUUAAUCAUUGAUUUAGUCACCUGCUGCGUUGCUGGAUAUAUGAAGAAAUUAUUAUAAUUGUGUAUCUGUGAGCAUUAAUGUAUGAAAAACAACCUUCAUGAUGAAGGAAUAGUGUUCUCAAAAUAAGGUUAUUUUCUUUUUAUGCCCAAUUUUGGUCCCAUGUUUUACACUGCUUCAUUUUGAUUUAUAAGUUACCAUCUCUUGGUUUGGUCAUAUUAUUUCACAGCAGCCAUUUGUUUCUAGGUCAAGGUUACAAGCAAGUUAUUACAGGUGAGGUAACUUGUUGUUACUUGUCAUACCAGAGUAUUGGAACAAAAAGCAUAAUGUGUUUUGGUGUCUGUGUGUCAUUGUGGUUUUAUAGUAAGACUUCUUUGUGCAAUAAUACCUUAAUUUUUGUUUUUUUUCUCUAUAGAAUUAGUGUUUAUUCCCAAGAAUAGUUUUCCUUUUCUAUAUUCAGCAUCUAAAACCAAUACUUUAAACAUUGUUAAUAAACUAUGAUGUUAAAUUUAAAA